UGGCCAAAUAUUAUAAUCUGUAUAAAGCCCCCUUUCAUUUAUGACCCUAACUUUUAUAGAUGUAAUUACUUUUAUUUCUCUUAUCUUAAUCGUAGCAAAUAUUAGAGAGUUGGCGUAAAAUCUUUUGUUAUAUCGUACACGUGUAAUUGUAACAAAAAAAAAUCGCCGAGCUAUUUAUAUAUUUACAAUAUAAAUGUGCGUAAAACGAUAAUGCCGCCAGUGUCGGAAUAAUCGCGACGGACGACGCACGUCGAUUAUUUAAAAUCCCGAUAAAAUCUAGUUUAAAUUUCUUUUUAAAUAAAACUUACGACGUUUUGCUUGAGGACCGUUCCUUAGCUUGAAUUAGAAAUAUAAUCUGUGAUUUUAUUAUUAUCUGUGCUAAUUGUUUGAAUUUAGUAAAAGAUUGUUUUGUUGUGGUAUUUUAAAAUCCAAAUUAAUGUGUUCAGAUCAUUGUGUGAUUCAACCAACUGCGUAAAAAUUAAUCACAUUUGAAAAGUAUAAAAGUAUUGUUUGUUCAAAAUAAAGAUUAAACAGUGAAAACCACGAUAUACAAGUGCAGAGACGUAUUAAACAAUAUUAAAGCAGCGACGGGCAUUAUAAUGUGACUUGUGAUUGUGAUAAAUUAUGCAAUUACGACUUUAGUUAAUCUAUGUGAUUUAAAACAAAAUGGAUCCACAAGAAUUAGUGCCGUUAGAAGCGGGUUUAGCGAACCGACCUCGUCCUACGCGUCAAUUCAGCCAGCUACCAUCGCGAGCCUGUUGCCAGGGCCCUAUAAGAUUAUGCAGACUACUUGCUUUGAUGAUUGUUCUACCUUGUAUGUUCAUCUUCAUACCUUUGUAUAUGAGAUACAAAGUAUUCUCCGGACAAAUGUAUCCAAUGAGUAUGACAGAUAUGCGACUCAUUGACAGCAAGAUUUCGCCAACUUGGUGCCAGCGCCAAGUGGUGAAGUCGAACGCUACGUUCAACGCCUUCGUGGUGCCAGGUCCCCCGAGCCUCGCGGAUGAACUGGUCCCGGUCUCCAUGACGCGGGAGUUGGAGCUGGAAGACGACAUGAAGGAAUACUGGGGAUUCUAUCUUUUGAAGGGAUCAUCGGUGACAGUGUCCACUUGCGUCAGAUGGCCAGGAGCUUCUCUAAUCAUGAUAAAAGGCUACAAGCAUCUCAAAGAAUGCGCUUACAUCGGAGAUAACUCCUCAGAAGAAUUAGAUGAACUGCUAGAAGCUUAUAAAUUGGGUCUUCUAUCUAAUACUACACUUUUAGAGAAGGUGCAGGAAUUGAAAAAGGUCGAUGGGAAAGCUAACGAUCCGGGUGCUAUGAAACGUCACAAAGCUGGCGUAAGUUUCCAUGAUCCGACGCAACGUGGAAAUAUGACGUCAUCGGACCCUGUACCGAGCGUGGAUGUCACUGAUCAUGAUCCCAAGGAACUAAGGGAGAUUCUGGAACGACUGCACGCGAUACGUCAGGCUGCGAAAGACGAACAACUCAAAUACUAUCGACCACCUUCACAUCUCAUGUCGCUUACAGAACUUCACAGACAUAGAGACACUAAUGUAGACAGAGAUACCAGACAAUGGCUCUCAUUUAAAGACAUAGAUGGCAAUAGUAGCGAUCAAGAGAUUGCUAAAAAUAAAUCUCUGGAUUCAAAAGCUAUUGAAAUGAAUACAACAAACGAAAUCAAAGUUACAACAACGCCGGAAAUAUCCACAGAAAUGAAUGAAACAAACACGAGAAUUGUAACAGAGAAAUACGAAUCUCCUACAAACAUCAAAAUGGAUACUGAAAAGACAGAAACUGAAUUAAACACUACAGACCCAAAUGUGAACUCUAAAGAGGUAUUCGAGGAUGUUCUGAAACAACUUCAAGCGUUAGGAGACAGGGGAAAGAAGGUUUUAUAUCGAUUGCAUAAAACAAUGGGCGUUGAUUACCAAGAAAAGCAAUCAUUAAACCGUUCUCUAAUAAUGAGCAAGGUGAGCGGCGGCGAGGAGCUGGACCGCCUGACGGAGGUGCUGGUGGAGGCCAUACACGAGGAGAGGAAUAAAACAUACAGACAACAAAGACGACGAGACACAAGAGAAGAAGCGAGAGCUAAAAGGGAUUUAAUGCUGGGUCAGAUCGAGUUAAAGAAGGAACUGAAUGAAGAUGACGAGGAGAGGAACACCGCGCAAGAAGAUGUGGAGGAGGGUCUGACGCCCGACGGGUACCUGCAGAAGACGCGCUACGAGGUGGCGCGCUCGGCGCUGCGCCAGUGCACCAACACCACGGACCGCUGCGACCUCACACUGGACAUCUUCUCCGCGCAGAAGGUAGUUCUAGAAGUGCCGCUCCGGAACAACGAUUCAUUAUGGAACGAGCAGUUUGUGAUAGUAUCGGAGUGCGAGCCGCGCACCGCCGUGUACCUGGCCUGCGUCAUCGCCGUUCCCAUACUCAUACUGGUGUUUGCCUUCCAAUAACAAGUAAACUAAUGACUUACAGUGACAUCUAUUGGUCGAAUAGAAUUGCCAAUGUUUUACAGCGCCAUCUAUUGUCGAAUUAAAUUACCAAAAAUUUACAGUGCCAUCUAUUAGUCCAAUCGAGUGACUAAAUUUUUACAGCGCCAUCUAUUGGUCGAAUUAAAUAAUAACAGAUUUAAAAACUGAUAUUGCUAAAAUUCUUAAUGUCACCUUUGGAAUGAAAUAAAACAAUUGUUUCGUUACUAUGUUAUAUCGUGGUUGUGAAUAAAAAGGAAACAAAUAUAUUAGUGAGAUAAAAAAAGACAUUGUACUUUGGUGUAAAUCGUAAAAAGUACAUUAAGAUAUAAAUUGAUUAUUUCUUGAAAUCGAAUUUAUUAUGCACCAAUUU